AUGUCCUACAACGGAUCAUUCAAUCACAAUAGUUCGACGACAUUGCAAGUGAAAUCUAAGUUCGAUUCUGAAUGGAGACGCUUCUCGAUACCAUUAGCAGCGCACGUGUCUUAUGAUGGAUUCAGGUGCCUCGUUGAGAAAUUACACCAUCUCGAGAGUGUUCAGUUCACAUUGUGCUACAAUUCGAUCAGUGGAGAUUUGUUGCCAAUCACUAAUGAUGAUAAUCUGCGAAAAUCUUUCGAAUCAGCUCGUCCGGUGCUACGUCUCCUUAUCCAACGACGUGGCGAGUCGUGGGAAGAGAAAUACGGAUACGGAACGGAUUCGGAUAAACGGUGGAAGGGCAUCUCCGCACUGAUGCAACAGAAACCACCGAAACGAAGCUAUUCGAUUUCGAACCCUGAAGACUUCCGUCAGGUCUCUGCCAUCAUCGACGUCGAUAUUGUGCCGGAAGCGCAUCGGAGAGUUCGAUUGUGCAAGCAUGGGCAAGAGAGACCACUUGGGUUCUAUAUUCGCGACGGAACUUCAGUAAGAGUGACAGAGCGAGGUGUGGUAAAAGUCUCCGGAAUCUUCAUUUCCCGUUUGGUGGAUGGAGGGCUCGCUGAAUCGACGGGACUACUUGGGGUUAACGAUGAGGUUCUCGAGGUGAAUGGAAUUGAAGUCCUUGGAAAGACCCUAGACCAGGUGACCGAUAUGAUGGUAGCAAAUGCUCACAAUUUGAUCAUCACAGUGAAACCUGCGAACCAACGAAACACACUAUCGCGUGGACAAUCACAACAAGGAACACCGAAUCCAAUUGGUGACACCACAAAUUCUACUGGAAUCUCUCGACCGAUGAAAAUGAACGGAAGUUCGGAUGGAAGUUACCAUCCAAAGCAACACGAUCAGAAUGAUUCCGAUUCGGAUGUGUCAGAGCGAUAA